AUGACAACUCAAGUCGCCCCUUGCGACUCAUCCAUGAAGCCUGCCAAUACCGGACCUGAGACUGCUCCUGUCCUCACCCAGAAUAAGGCACCAGCUGCGUGUGCUCCUGUCUCAUACGAUGUUCAGCCCACAGAUCCUCUCCUCUCAGAGAGCGCUAUCGACUCGCCUACCAGUGACGACUACGUUGAUGAGAGCGCUAUUGACGAUGACGACUCUUCGGAUUGGGAGGACUCUACAGAGCAAGUGCCAAAAGAACUUCAGCAACAAGCGUCCCACUCUGCCUCUGCUAUUAUAGCCCUGGGAGCCUCUCCUAAUGAUAAAGAUGACGGCCCUCCAAUGAUGACGGGCGUGCGUCCUUCCAACAUCGGACCUGUCAUCGAGGUACCUCGCUCGAGCACCCAGCCUACUGUCGCGCAAGCAGUUUUAUCACCGCAAACAACUCGCCGCAAUAUGUUUGCUACUGAGCUGACUAAGUCUCUUCGCCGCCAUCUUCUCUGGGAGCGUCAGCAGAGAACCUCGACUGCCAAUGCCGUGCUCAGGCGCCGCCAUGCCUCCCACGAUGUGGCCAACCUGAGGCAGUUUCCAGAAAAGCCCUGUCUGAAGCAGAGCGAGGACGCCAACGCUAGUUGGAAUCAGCAUUUAAUUACGAACGCCUUUGACGGCUACCAUUCUAGAGGCUGGUGA